AUGUACGUCUGAUGUGGCACCUCUCUGUGUCCCCGGCCCGCUAUUACACACCUUAUCUCUUCUCUUGCGCCUCCCCUUGUUGGCGGCCAAGUGCCUUUCGGCGGCGUCCUUCGGGAGAAGGUUGUUGGGAAUUGCAGGAACAGCAGUGUAGGGCUGUUGCGAGAGUUGACGCACGUCGGGUGUAUCAGCCUUGAAGUGUGCGCUGGCAGUACAGCACGCACGGCGGAUGAGCAGCAGUGAGUGAGUUGCAGGAUGGCCGACAGUUCGCGACGAAGAAGACGCAUGCCGCACCCAUCGGUAGUACCAGCCUUUGUGGUGUUGGCGUCAACUGCCGCGGCCACAACGCCGACCGCUUCCGGCGGGCCGGCGGCGAUGGCCCCGCCGCCUCGCCGACCCAUGGCGGCUUUCGCCUCCUCCACCAGUGGGAACCGAAGCGGCAGUCCGGAGAGAAGCGGCGGACGAAGAAGAGCUGACGACGGUGAUGACGUAGUGCUUGGUUUCGAAGGCAACACGGCGGGCGUAAUGCGGAGACCUGGGCACCCCCCUGGUGCUGCCGCCGCCGCCGGGCGGCGGCGGCGCUCGUUGGCGCUCUUGUCCUCCCGGCUUGGCAGCAGCAGCAGCAGCAGCAGCAGCAGCAGUAACAGGCUAGGCUUUGCGGCAGAAGUGCCCCGAUUAGCGGGGGGACAGAUCAAGACCAGGUGGUGGAAGGUCAGCGCGUCCUCCUCGAGCGAGGUACAACAACGGAGGGGCUUGUCCGAGUGGGGCGUCGUCGCGACGUCGACCUCAUGGCGGCUUGGCAGCAGCACGACUAGUCGGGCAGGGAGCAACGACACCACCCCGUCGUCCAAUGCGGACACCUGGAGACAUCGAUCCGAACGUCCGCCCGCCGUGUCGAGCGAUGCCGAUGGUAGUGGCGCGGCGGACACGGCGGCGGCGGCGGCGGCAGCAGCGGCUUAUUCGGCACUGUGUCCGGCGCUCCACGGUUGGCCCUUUCCGGAGGUCGUAGAACCGCCUCCCCCACAGCAGCAGGUCGGACGGGAGCGGGAGCGGGAGCGCCCCCCCCCGGUGGGCCGAAGACCUAGUGCUGCCGAAGUAGAGGCGAAAGUACCCGGAAGAGGAACGGCUCUGACGGCCGACGCCACCGGCGUCGCCUCUGCCGCCGAUUCCCACGGUGCUCGUGCCGCCACCGCGGUGUUGACCGUCGAAGGAGACGGGCAAGAGGAGCUGUCCGGCCGCAGGGUUGCGGCGCCUGGGGUGGCAGCGGCGCCGCGGCCGCCUCCCGGCCGCGCUGGUGCUGCAACGGGCGCGUUCGGCGGGGUUCGUUUCGACGUCGCGGCAAGCGCGGAGGGCGGCAGCGGUGGUGUGACGGGCGGGGCCGGUAGGGUCGACCCAGGCGAAGGCGGGAGGGCUGCGGUGAGCACCGGCGGCGGGCGCAGCGGCGAUAGCGGUAGCGGCGAUAGCCGUAGCGGCGGCGGUGGUACCGGUGGCAGUGGUAGCGGCGGUAAGAGGGCGACAAGAAAGAGGCUGAGGGGCGGUGGCGCGGCCACCUUUGAAUCCGCGGAAGACAGAGCUCUGAGGCAGUUGUUGCUGGAGGCGACCAAGAGCGGGAGAGGGGGUGUCGCACUGCGGGCCCUGCGGCUGAUGGUGGAGGAAAACCUCUCGGUGAGCCAGAAGCAGUACGUCGGCGCGAUGGAGGCGUGCAUGCGACAGGGCUCUUGGACCUCCGGCCUGGAGGUGUUCCGGCUUCUCCUCGAGGACCUUCGGCCGAGGGGGCUCAGCCCCAAACAGUCUACUUGGAGGUCGCUUGCAAGAGGCCUUCGCUCCGCCGGGCAGGCCGACCAGGCCUUGGUGGUCUUGCGACAGGCGCUGAGGGCUGGCGUGGGAGGCAUCGACGAGCAGGUUUGCUCGAUUCUGCUGGACCUCUGCGCAGUGAAGGGACGGAUGGGGCUGGCCGAAGAGAUCGCCUCCCUGAUGGAAACUCAUCGCAUCCCCAAAGGACCCGUGACGUACUGCGUGCUCCUCAAGGGGUACGGGCGUCAACGGCGUCUUCGAGGGGUGGAGAGCACGAUGAGGGAGAUGAAGGAGAGGGGGAUUGUCCCCGACGUGGUGGCCCUAAACGCUGCGGUCGAUGCCUUGGUCAGGUGUGGAGAGCUCUCCAAGGCCCGAAGCGUCCUUCGGAGCAUGGAAGAGUCUCCCGGGGGCUCCAUUGCUCAGACCCUCUCCUACAACACCCUGAUCAAGGGGCUGGGGAGGGAGUUGCUCGUAGACGAGGCGUUCGGGGUUGCCAGGGGAAUGCUGGACAAAGGGUGCUCGCCCGACGAGGUGACUACGAACUCCCUGGUGGACAUCUGCGUGAGGUCCGGAAACCUAGACCGCGCGUACAACCUCCUCAAGAACCCUUUGCUGUUCCCGCCGCCGCCGCAACCCGGUCUUGACGCCGGCUCUGCAACAGCAGCGGCAGAGGCAGGGACGGACGCCGGCGGCGUUGAGGGCACGAGUCCGGGAGGAGAGAGGAAGGAGGCGGGCCUCGUUAGGCCGUCCGUGGAGGCUUUCACGUCGGUGCUUACCGGGUUCGCAGGAGUGGGAGACAAGGACCGCGCGCUUGCGGUCUUCCAGCAGAUGGUGACGGCGGGAGUGGAGCCCAACGUCGUGACCUACACAGGGCUGAUAUCGGCGUGCGUUAAUGCGGGAGAUAUGGAUGGGGCCAGAAGACUUUUCAGCGCUCUGGAGGCGCGGGGGGCGGAGACACCCGCGAUGCAGCCGUCCGCCUUCACGUACAAUACGCUCAUCCGCGGCCUCUGCCGCAUGGGCAACGACACCCCCGCCGUCCGGGACACGGGCGUUGUCGAGCCCGAGGAGGACAUGGACAUGGACAUGGACAUCGGGAUCUUCGCCGAUGAGGACCUGCUGCCCUCGCCGGAUGGCGGCAGUGGUGGGGAGGGCCGCUCGGCAGUGAUGGCAACGAGACCCGGGGGUUACUUCUACGAGAGGGGUGCUUCCUCCUCCUCCUCGUCCUCCUCCUCCUCCUCCUCCUCCCCGUCCAAAGAUCCUAUCCCCUCGAAAGAUCCGACGGGUAAAAAGGCCGACGGUUCCUCCAAAGAUCGGACGGGUGGGGAGAUCGACGGUUCCUUCAAAGAUCCCAACUUCUCCAAAGAUCCGGCGGGUAAAAAGACCGGGGGUGCCCCUGGUCCGCCGGCCCGGAACGAUGACGAGACUGUCGCCUCGUUUUCGUCCCGGGGAGGAGAGGACGGCGACGAAGCGUCCCCGGGGGUCGGAUCGCCUCCGGAGAUAUUGCCGGCCUCCUACGCCGGCAGCGGCCGCAGCGGCAGCGGCAGCAGCGGCGGCAGCAGCAGCAGCAGCAGCAGCAGCGAUAGCGUUAACGGAGGUACCAUCCCCGAGGGCAUCCAAGAAGCUUUGCGGGUUCUUUUGUCGAUGCGUCGGAGAGGGGUGCCGGCCGACGAAGUGACGAUGAACUCCAUCAUCGACGGGCUCGUGUCCUGCUCUCCCCCGAGGGUACAGGAGGCGGAGACGCUCCUGAAGCUCAUGACCGGCUGGGGCCUCAAGCCGAACCAGGUUUCCUUCACCGUGAUGCUCAAGGGCUACGGGAGGAUAGGAGACCUCGGGGCCGCCGAGCUGAUGUUCGAGGUCAUGGCCGCCGAUCGCGACCAGCGGCCAGACGUCGUUGCCCUCAACUCCAUCCUUGACGCGUGCGUUCGGAACGGAGAUCUGCGGAGAGCGGUGGAGAUCCUCGAGCAGGCGAGCGCCUCAGCCCUGAGCAGGCGACCUAUCUUCGUCCCUCACCAGGACUGGGUGUCCUCGUCUUCGACCAGGAGACCCUGGGGGGGCGGGGCGGGCGACGGGGCAGUUGCGAUCUGCGCCGCCGCCGCUCCGGGUGGUGGCAUCGGUGUGGACGUGACGGACGAACGAGAGAGGGUGCCGAAGGGGGGUUCCGCGGUUGUGACGGGGCUAGGCCGAGGGCGAGGCAGGGAUGAGGGCGUGGUGGUGGACGUCUGGCCAAACCAGGUCUCCUUCGCCACGGUGGUCCUAGGCCUGUCGAGGAGGGGCGACGCGCCGGCUGGCCGCAUGGCCAUCAAGCUCUACGAGUCGAUGCGGCGAGACUUUAAGAUCGUCCCAGACGAGGGUAUGGUGGACAACUUCAUCAUGGCGUGCUGCAACGCCCAGGCUGGGGAGAUGGACGGCAGCGACCUGGCUCUGGCGCAGGGCCAGGAGGCUCUGAAUGAUCUCAGGGACCUAGGCUGGAACGAAGAGCUUAUAGCGUUCAAGGAACAGAUGCUGAUGCGAGUCGUGCCCACCCUCAGCGAGGUGUGGAAGGGAGAGGACCCCAAGGAGCAAUCCCAGGAGGCGAGGCAGGCAGCCAGGCUGCUGCAGCGGCAGCAACAGCAGAGGACGGGGGGCAAGGCCGGCGCCAGCCGGAAGCGGAAGGUGUCGGCGGAAAUCUUCGAGAAGUACGGCUGGAAUAAAAUGGAGUCCCAUUUUCCGAUCCUGUAACGGGGCGCGAAACCCUUUGGCGGUUUGGGCCGAAAUUGUGGUCUACUUUUUUAUCUUUGCAUGCAGUUGGAGCAAGAGCGUCGUAGGGGGACCUGCUGUAGCGCUGAGUGCACCAACGUUGUUUGUGUAUGGAUGUGCGUGGCUGUGUUCAUCAAGUCACAGCGCGCAACCGCGCGAAAACCCGCUCACCAACCGAAAUCGCAUGUGACGGGGGUGCGAGACUGUUUGCGUUUGAUUGAAAUUGGCGCAGAAUUUUCCCAAGUUUUGCUCGCCGUCGACGCGAGUUUGAUUUUGCCUUGCGACAUCGCGUCACGCGCGCGAUGCCAUUGAAUGCCAUACAUAUUUGAAUCACAGUUCUUGAGACAUGUCCGACAUUUCUUGGUCGAGAAGCCUACUCUACCGACGGUGGUGUUGAGUGCCGAAUCCGUUUGGUGGGAUGUUGUGAGGGGGGGGAGGGGAUGGGUGUGCAAUCGCGGCGCACGCGCAUUUCAUGUGAGGCACCCGUGUUAAGUAAAAACCCUACAAGACUCUUGCUGUAGGUGCACCCGCGCUAGACGCAGCGAUUUCCAUGUACGCGCGUUUGUCGCGCGUUGACGAGCGAAGCGCGGAAGGCAUGUAGAGAGGAAGAAAGGGCGUAAUUUUUAGGCGGAGGGCAGCAGACCUCAAUGAAUAAGUUUUGAGGACUUUCAUGGGUAGAUAGACUAAAAUAGUACGAAAGUACAGAUGGUCUCGUGCAGCAAUUUCCGUGUCUUGGUGAGAUAGGUUGCUGUCAGCCGAUUUUGUUUUCUCCCCCAUCUUUCACCCAGCCGGCACCAAUUCCGACUGCGCUUUCUCUGAUGUAUUUUUGUGGUUUAACUGCUGUUCUCCCCCUGAAUGGAGUGCCGCGUUGUUGUUGACCUCGUUUUGUAUUUAGUAUCGAGGGCUAAUAUACCGUUGCUUGCGAAACACAAUUAAUCAGAUAGGCCUACAGCCUGCCUUAGUGUCGCACAUCCCGUGUCUCGAAAUACGUACUUGUUGGAAGCGGGAGGGGGCGCGGAGCGAAGUGUUCGACGUGAUGUGAGGGUGUUUUGGAUAAACGUGCACCAUAAGCAUCGCAGUUGAUGAUGAUCGGGGUUGUUGUAUGUAGACUAUGCAUAUCACCGAGUGGAGAAUGCUGGAGAGUUUUUUGCCUGGCCGCGAUUGUCUUCGAGAGACGAAUGAGAGUGAACGGCGACCUAGAUGACAAUUCUACGCAAAUGAUGGUGGUUUGGACGCCGAUGUCGAAAGGUUUUGUCGGUGAAGCGAGAGAGAGAGAAACAUUGACUGCUGGUACGAAGCCGCCAUCCAAGAUGUUGCGGCGUGAUUGGAGACACUAAGACCAAGGGUACACGCGGAAAAA